GAUAACGAACGUCAGAAUCCAAAUGUCUUUCAGUCGAGCGGAGGGGUGGCUUACGUUAUGCGAGUGAUACAAAGCGAAGCAAACAUUUGGACUAGAAACGCUAUUUAAUUUCGUUACACUUCGGUUAAUUAGAACCGAAUUAAAGUAGAAAAUUAAGUCACUUUAUCUCUUGUUUACCGAAAAAAAUAUAUAUACAUAUAUCUAAAAAAAUUAUGACAAUUGUGACGUCAGUAAUGAUAUUUUUUACUUAGAGCUUCUGCAAAGUGCUUCAGCACAGCUUCUCUCAGUCUAUCUUCGGUUUCACAUGCAAAUCAACGAAACUAUGCUAUGUCUGGCCAGAACAGAACGGAAAUUGCACGAGAAUCGAGAACUCCAAAGCCUCAAUAUACAUUUGUGCGUCGUCCCCAAGUCAUCAGAAUGAGAGAUUUAAGUCCGGCAUCAAGGGCUCGAGUUGCAGCAGAAUAUUACCAGACAUACGACGUUAUGACCGGAGUAAGAAUUGCAGCUACUCUUGGUGGUCUGAUAACACUGUUUGCCUUAUUCCUGUUCUAUAAAAGUAGAUGUAAGCCAGAACGCCCAAUACCUCGUAUUGAUCUGGACGAAAUCAUCAGUAGGACUUACUCGGACACGAGUAGUAAUAGUUCGGAUACGAAUUCGCCCAUACCAGCGGAGCAUGGAGGAUUUGCGCCACCUCCAACCCCGAAUCUAAGCGAGCCUGAUAAAUUUCGUAAAAAUACUUUAUCAGUUACACUCAGUGGGUCAUCUACGUCACGUGAAAUACCGUCUACGUCACAGAUAUCAUCGGAAAUAGUUCGACCAUCGUCCGGUCACGGUAUUAAAACAAAAUUAAUUCGUAAUGGCAGCCGACAAAGCAAUUAUAGUAUCGCUUCUGGUUCUAGCUCAAGUCCUACAAGUGCCAAAUCCUCUUGUUCCUCGCCAGAUGCCAUCGUUGUUGAACGCGAUAGUAUAGCUUCUUCGUCUUCUGUAAUUGUUGGACGUACUUCUAGCAGCAUCCCCCCUUUUAUUCCCCACAUGGUGGUUGUAAAGUGCCACGGAGAUAAAGUAGUUGUUAGUCGAUAAAUUACCAUGUUACCGAAGCGUUAGUCGUCUCCAGAAGUCCAAAAACAAAAAAAAUUACACACAUAAAAUAAAUAAAAAAGAAAUGGUUCUAAUUGUUUUAGUGUUUUAUGUGGAAAGACUUUUUAUGUUGUCAAUUGAUGGCAAGAAAAAAAAAACAAGAGAACAAUUUGUUAAAUGUCAA